AAAUACAUAGAUAUGUAAACUUUGCAUGUUUUCUCUGUUAUUAAGAUUUUUCUGUUAGUAACUAGUAUUAUGUAUUAUACUAUGUUUGUAGUUAUGAUAAAAAAAAUGUCUAUUGAAAAGGACAUUCUGCAAUGGUAAUUUAAAAAUAUUCUUUAAAAUAUUAUGUUCACACUGGUAUAAUUUUUGUGUUAUUAUUGUUGUCGUAAGUGUAUAAAUCGAAGAAGUUCUAUUAAAUAUAAUUCAGAUAUUUAAACGAAUUUAUUACUAAUAGAAUGGCCACGUGUUUAGUGGUGCUGCAAUUUAUAUCAUAGAGCCACGUGUCAUGGAAAGAAAUAUUACUUCUUAUAGCCUUCUUUCAGAUGCAAAAAUAGUGUUUAAGCAUCAUAGUUUGUUCAACUCUGUAUAUUUCGUAAAUGAUAUGAAUUUUUUGUGGAUAUUAUGAUGUAUUUAGCGAUUAUUUGUUGAAACAAUUCACAUGGAUUGGUGCUCAUUGACCACUGUACUGACUUACUAAUCAAAAUAAGCAAAGAUUUAAAAUAAUUAUUAAAAUGUAGAGUUGAGUUUUACUAUAUAAUUAACCUAGUUGAGUUACCAAUAAAUUUGAAAUUUGAUUUUAUUUUAUUUUACUUUAUGUAAAUACAGAAAUUUUUAAGUUUUACUUCUAAUUUACAUGUUGGUUGACAGUAUAAAAACAAAUAUCUGAAGCCAAGUUCACGCGAUAACGGAAUGGUAUUUCAUAUUCGCAAUUCUGUAGUAUUUAUAAUCACAAAUUAAUUGUUUAUGGACUAUAUGAUAAAUAGAUUACCUAUAAAAAUUGUUGUGGAAAGCUCCAUAAUUUUUAAAAAUUUAAUUUAAUUUGACUGAAAUUAAAAUAUGGAAGUUUGUUAUUAGUUUUAUAAUCACUAGCAACGUCAGAUGGCGAAGUAAACGUAAAGCUCUCAGGAAUGUGAACAUUAUUCGCAGAUUAGUAUUUUUAAGACAUGACAAAUGUAACAGCGCGUGUAUAAUAAAAAAUUAUUAAAAACAAAGUGAGUGCGUUUAAGAGUAAUAAAUAAGAAUUAUUUUAAUACUAAAUAAAAUGGAUAUCGCCAAAUCACUAUUUAAUGUUCGUGAUCAUGAAGGUUAUGUUGGGAAAGAAGAUCAUAAUGUAAAAAAAACUUGAAACAGCUGUAUCCGAGGAUGAAUUUGAAGUGGAAGUUUCAGGCUUAUGUGGAGAAGUUUUGUCUCCUGCUCCUGGCGGUCCAUUUUCUGCUUUGACACCGUCCAUGUGGCCCCAAAAUAUUUUAGCUAAAUUAAAUCAGCCAGACGAUCCUAAUUCGCAACCUGAAUACAGAUUUGACGAAUUUGGUUUUCGAGUUGAAGAAGAAGAUGGACCAGAACAGAGUUCAAAAAAAUUGUUAGGUAUUCCGUUCGUUGAAGAUCCACAGCAUAGAUUACAGUGGGUUGCUUUAUUGGAAUUUAGUCAUAAUAAAGAAGUAACGGAACUUUCAUGGCAGAAUUUGGAUAGAAGAUUACCUCGCACAGAUAAAUUACGUGACAUGGUCCGUCAUGGUAUACCUCAUUCACUGAGACCCCAAAUUUGGAUGAGAAUGUCAGGUGCACUACAAAAAAAGAGUUCUUCUGAAAUAAUGUACAAAGAUAUUGUAAAAGCAUCAAGUAAUGAUGCAUUGAUGACUAACAAACAAAUAGAAAAGGAUUUACUUCGUAUUAUGCCUGCCAAUGCAUGUUUUAGCCAUCUUCAUAGUACUGGUAUACCACGGUUAAGACGUGUUAUGCGUGCUCUUGCUUGGUUAUAUCCUGAGAUUGGGUAUUGUCAGGGUACUGGAACAAUAGCUGCAUCUCUCUUAUUGCUUUUGGAGGAAGAAGAUGCUUUUUUAAUGAUGGCAACCAUAGUAGAAGAUUUACUACCAGCAUCCUAUUAUUCUUCAACUUUGUUGGGUAUUCAAGCUGACCAAAGAGUGCUUCGUACAUUAGUAGCUAAUUACCUUCCUGAUAUAGACCAUGUUUUAGUACAACACGAUAUAGAAUUGAGUUUAAUAUCCUUACACUGGUUCUUGACCUUAUUCGCCUCUGUUGUACAUAUGAAAAUAUUAUUGCGAAUAUGGGAUAUGUUUCUUUUCGAUGGAUCUAUAGUUUUAUUUCAAGUUACACUUGGAAUGUUAAAAAUAAAAGAAUCUGAGUUAAAGAAGUUGGAAAAUUCUGCUCAAAUAUUUAAUGCUCUCUCAGACAUACCAGGAGACAUUGAUGAUGUAGAACAAUUAUUUAAUGUAUCUUUAGAAGUAAGUGGAUCAUUAACAGACGUUCUAGUUGAAACUCAUAGACGUAGACAUUUAGCAUAUUUAAUGGCUGAUCAGGGCGGAUUGGUAGGCAAUCCUGAUGCAGUACCAAAUUUACCAAAGCAACAUCUUAAUAGGCGUCAAAUGAAGAGAAAUAAGUCAAUGUUACAAACAUUUUUAUUUGGGAAUUACGAUAAUGAAGACGAUGCAAAAUCGAAAAACAUUCGUCAAACAGAAAUAUUGGUGGAUUUAAGAGAGGCUGUUUUACAAGUCGCUAGACAUUUUAUAAAUGUUGAUCCAAAAUUGAGUAACACUGUAAUUAUUGCAGAUUAUACUAUGGAAAGUCAUGCAAAGGAUCAUGACAAUUAUGUUAAUGUAUCACGCACUAGAAAAAGAAGAGCUAAGGCAUUAUUAGAUUUUGAAAGACACGAUGAUGACGAAUUGGGUUUUCGAAAAAACGAUAUAAUCACAAUUUUAAGUCAAAAAGAUGAACAUUGUUGGGUGGGAGAAUUAAACGGAUUAAGGGGUUGGUUUCCUGCAAAAUUCGUAGAAUUAUUAGACGAAAGAAGUAAACAAUAUACAUGUGCCGGAGAUGAUGCAGUUAGUGAAGCUGUUACUGAUUUAGUCAGGGGUACUUUAUGUCCCGCGAUAAAGGCUGUAUUGGAACAUGGAAUGCGUAGACCAUCAUUUUUAGGUGGUCCAUGCCAUCCAUGGCUUUUCAUAGAAGAAGCAUCAAACAGAGAAGUAGAGAAAGAUUUCAAUUCUGUUUAUAGCAGAUUAGUACUUUGUAAAACAUAUAGAUUAGAUGAAGAUGGUAAAGUACUUACACCAGAAGAGUUGUUAUAUCGAUGUGUACAAUCAGUAAACUUAACACAUGACAAUGCACAUGCACAAAUGGAUGUAAAAUUACGAUCUCUCAUCUGCCUAGGAUUAAAUGAACAGGUCUUACAUUUAUGGCUCGAAGUUUUAUGUUCCUGUGUAGAAAUUGUACAAAAAUGGUACCAACCAUGGAGUUUCAUCAAUAGCCCUGGAUGGGUACAAAUUAAAUGUGAACUAAGAAUAUUAAGUCAAUUUGCAUUUAAUUUAAAUCCAGAUUGGGAAUUACCAGCAAAGAAAGAACAAUCGCAACCAUUGAAAGAUGGUGUUCGGGAUAUGUUAGUCAAACAUCAUUUAUUUAGUUGGGAUCUUUAGCUAAUGACAUAAGAAGUAUUAAUUGUUUAUGGUAAGGUAAUUGUGUAGUACAAAUAAACUUACUAUUAUAUAUAUUAAUAAUAAUAAAAUGUAUACUGCGUGCGUGUGCGAGUGUAUGUACAUGUUAUAAAAAUAUAAUAGUAACAUACUAUUUUUAUGUAUUACAUAUAAAUUAUUUGACUUUUGUCAUUCAUCACGAAUAAUAUAAGUUUAGUUAUCAAAAUUAUAAUCAAAUUAAUUAAUUGGGAACUACUUAUGUAUAAACUACACACACACACACACACAC